CGUCGCGAACACAUCAUUUUAAUAUGAAAUCGCAAACACUGCUGUGAGCUUAAGAAAUCCGUUUGCAAAGUACUCGAAUUACACCUAGAAAGACAUACUUAUUGUUUUUUUUUAUUGUUUUUAAAGUGUUGAAUUCAGGUUUUUGCAUUAUUGCUGCUGUAAAAAAAAAAUACAUAAAUUAUAACAAAAAAAUUUGUCUGCAUAAAUUUACGAUUUUAUAUUCAGCCAUCAAGUAUCAAUAACUUACUAUUUAAUAACUUCGCAAUUAUCGGCUAUAUAUUUACAAAAAUAAUUAGCAUGAAAAUCAUUUGAGUGCCUUAGGGGGUGUAAAAUAAUAAGUGGUUUCAUCGGUUGCAGUUGCAAGUGUCUAAUGCAAGAAUUUUUGGGUUUUAUCGCUAUUUUAUGCUACAAAAGCUAAAGUAGCUAAGCCACCUUCCGUUGAAAAUAAAUGUUGAAUUAUUAUUAACUGUUGUUUGAAAACUCUUGUGGGUACAAACGAUUUAACCUCUAAGUGUACCUUAUAAUUGACAAAAAGCGAAAAGGUGCUCAAUAAUAUUUUGGAGUGAAACGUUUCAUUUAAAAACCAAUUUGUUUUCAGUCAUAGAAAUUAAUAUCCAAUCAAUUGCUCAUUCAAAUUUAUCUACGCUUGAACAUAUAGAAAAAAAACAAUUCGCGAAAAUAUGGGGAAGUCCCAAAUAUAUUUGUGUGCAUUACUGGUUACUUUGUUUGUAACCAUUGCAGUUGCUGUAGAUCGAAUUCCAAAAAAAAGGCAAAUAUACCGUGAGCAGGUGUUACCUCACGCGGGUGGUAAAAUUCCAGAUACAGCAUUCGAAACUGAUCGUCUUUUCUUGAAUCGCUUACAGAAGGACGGCAUCUCUGUACCAGAUGGAGUCGUAACAGAGCAACGCAAUCCACAAGUGUAUCAAUAUUACAACAAGAACCCCAGAGUGGUAUUUCAAAUAGCACUCAGCUCAGACGGCCGUUACACUCCCACCGAAGGCAGAUAUCGCCACCGUGACACACCGUCCAUUGAAACCACCUAUCUUUAUCCGCAAAUACACGGGCGAUUAAAUGAUGCAUCGCCAUCAAAAACUGCCUACCCUACAUACAGACAACUGCAAUUGCAUAACACACAACUCAAUCAAGUCAAGUUACAGCCCAAAAAGAAAACGGAAUACCUGGAUAUAACACCCAGACAGAAGAAAGGCCACAGCAAUCCAUUUAGGACGCAAUCAUAUCAAAAUUUUAACAUUAUUAACACUCCUAUAGCGCCUACAUCUUCAGCAGCGUUGCCAGGGAGCGGAAGCAAAGGGGAUUAUUAUGUGCCUGACGUGAGCGCUUCUGCACAUCUAUUCAGUGACUUUGAUGAGCUUUUUAACAAUUUCAAUUUGCAUGAAAAUAGUGCGGCCAUCAAAGGUGGAGAUGCAAUCUUCAGUUCCAAACAUAAAAUCACAGCAAAAAUGUCGAAAUUAAAUCGCGAUCAAAUUAGUGCAUUACUUCAAGAAGAUGAUGAUGAAUCCAUGGAAUCAGGAACUGAUUUUAGUGACGAAAGUGAUGAUAUUUAUCGUCCUGAGUUAGACAAAACCACUGGCAAUGACGAUUCUUCCAGCGAUUCAGAGGAGACCGGAUUGAGUGACGAGAAUGGUGGCAUAGACGAUCAACCUGCACGAGGUGAGGAAGACUCAGGCAAGGUUAUUUGGAGCACACCGAAUGAGUCAUUUGUUUCAAGAAAGUCGGUUAGUAACCACCGCGAAUGCAAAAUUGCAGUAAAUACAGAGAACAACAAAUUUAAACUCUUUGCAAAUAUUAACAAAAUAUAUAUUUUCAAGAUGAAUACGAAAAGUGUGGCAUUGUGCAGCAGCUUACUUCUUGCGCUUGUUUGUAUUGCGGCUUCAAUAGCGGUGCAAGUGGAGACCUACGGUCAUCUGUUUCAUCCCCCAACGGAAGAACAUCGCAGAGAAGAAAAACAAGAUCUUUCGAAAAUACCCGGUGCACCUGGCGUGGAUUAUCCCAUUUACCAUGAAGUGCCCCACACGAAUUUCCAUUGUGCCAAUGUACCAGCUGUUCCCGGAAUGUAUGCAAAUGUUGAGACCGGCUGUCAGGCCUAUCAUGUUUGCCACGAUGGUCGGGAGGGUCAUCAAGGCGCAUCAUUUCUUUGCACCAACGGCACCAUUUUCAAUCAGAAGGAAUUUGCUUGCGAUUGGUGGUACAACGUUAAGUGCGAAGAAGCUAUCAACUACUAUCAUUUAAAUUCGGAUCCCAAACACAAUCCUUACUUCCAAAAGAAACAAGAGCUGGAAGAGAAUCACAAUGAACCUGAACCAUUCUAUAUUCAUGCCUAAAUAUUCGUGUAUUUUUCAUCUCAUUCCAUAUUCAGUUCCAAUUCCUUGUAUAUACAUACAUACGUACAUAUGUACAGCUGCACAAAUAUUCAC